AACCUCCAAAUUUGAUUUUUCUAUACGCAUAAACACAUGUGAUUGAUUCGAAUAUCAUUGAAUUUGUUUAACAACAAUUAAGCUUAAUAAACUGUAAAGGAAUAAAUUAUUAAGGAAUUUGUUUGAAUUAAAUAAUAAAUAAACAAUGUCGUCGUGGAAAAAAGCUGCCAAAACUGGUCAAAGGACCCAUCUUGAACGUCAUCAGCCCGAAGAACGUAAAAGAUUAGGUCUUUUGGAAAAGAAGAAAGAUUACAAAUUGCGUGCUGAUGAUUACAAUGAAAAGCAAGCGACUCUGAAGCUUUUACGGAAACGAGCAUUGAAUAAAAACCCAGAUGAGUUUUACUUUCAUAUGAUAAAUUCAAAGAUGGACAAAGGUGUCCAUAGGGAGAAGCAAAAAAAAGAAGAUCACACAUUUGAGCAGAUAAAGUUGAUGGAAACCCAGGAUUUGAAGUACAUCGCUUACAAAAGACAUUUGGAAGCACGGCAAAUUGAAAAACUUCAGAGCCAGUUGCAUAUGAUCGACGCGGCCGAUCAAACGCCAAACAAACACAUUUUUUUCGUCGACGAUGACAAGGAGGUUAAAUCUUUUGAUGUCGCUGAGCGUCUGGAGACUCACCCGGCUCUUCUGGCCCGCAAGACAAAUAGACCGAAACUCAGUGUCCUGAAAAAGGUCAAAUUACCUGAAAUUGAUGAAACGACUGCUGCCAAAAUCGAACAGCAGAAACACAUGGCUUAUACGGAGCUACAGAAGCGGGUCGAGCGCGAAUCUCAAUUAGCAAUCGUCCAGCAGAAAUUGGAAAUGCGAAGAGCUUUGAAAGAUAAAACUUUACCGAAACCUAAAAUUAUUAAACAAGGCUCCAAAACAUCGGCUCCCGUUUACAAAUGGACGUUGCAGCGUAAACGAUAAUUGAUUUUAGCUGAUUUAUAUUUUUUUAAAUAAAGUAUAUUCAUUAAAUAUA